GACGUUACCGUCAAAUUUCAUAUACUGAAAUCGCAAAUAGUAACCCAUGCUUAUCCGAACAUCUACACAAUAGAGGAAGUAAAAAGGGACAUUUCCAAAAAGUUUCAAACUUCUCCGAAAUUUCUCGUUCUAAAACAAUCCAACAGUAUGAAACCCUUGGAGGAAAAUCAACGUUUAUUCGACAUUUGCGAUAAUGAGUACGGUGUGGUCGACAUGGAUUUAGAGCUGUCCGAAAAUGCAUACGAGCAAAAUGUGAAGUUGGAACCGCAGAUCUAUUACAACAAUAUUAACCUACCGGAUUUUAUUACUGUACGCGUAUCCGCUGACGACAAGACGGAUGGAAACUCAUGUCGUGAUUUAGUUGUCGAAAUCGAAAAUCAAGCCAUUAUGAAACCUUUUAUCGGUGGAUACGUCGACAAAGUUACAAAAACCGAAUAUCACGAUGCCUUUACACAGACUGGUCCACCAUUGGAGCGUAUUAAGUAUGAAGGGAUCAACAGUCGUGACACCCAAACGGUGAAAGAAAGAAAUAUUGAAAUCGAAACACCUAGCGAUCGAGCCACCGUGAGCUAUGGAGAUGCAACUGAAUUGUCCUACGCAUCCAAGUAUAUGGAUAAAGUAAUCGUGGCCCAAAGCUACGAAAGCUUUGACGACAUGACAAAACGUAUUGAUCCCAUCGGCAAAAUAACCCUAAUACAGCGUAACUUCCGACGAUAUAUGUGGCAAAAAUUAAUUAAAGAAAGCGCUGCAGAAUGGAGACAUUUGCAGAAAGAACAGAAACGGCGUGAAGGUAAACGUUCUAAAGCGCAACAGGAUGAAUAUCGAAAAGAGUGCAUUGUAAAAACUUUUCCCAAAACUAAGCAAGACUUUGAUGCGCUGUACGCUCAAGUGCAAAUGUGGAAAGAAAACGAGCUCAAGCAAAUUAGUGAGAAAUAUUCAGGAGCCCCUAAGAUCGCGGAAAUGAACAUGUUACUAGACAAAGAAGUUCAGUUGCUAAACGGCAUCGAGCGACAGCGUCAGAUUCUGCAGCAGGAGGCCAAGAAAGUGCUAGAUGAGCAAACGUUGAAAAAACUAAGCGAACCUGUAAAAUGGGUUGGAUACAAUAGUCUCGUCAUUCAGAUGGAUACAUUAAGAAAUCAAAGAGCUCGGUAUUUGUCUCAAUACUACCGAAAACUAGCGGACGAACCGCUUGGUGCCCAUGGGCGAAUGACAUUACUCAACCGUAUUUCAGAUGUUAUUGCCAAAGAAAUUCAUCCAGCAAUUAAUGAGCUUGAAUCAUUAUUAGAGCGGGAACGACAGCUACUAAUCAAUAAUGUUGCCGACACGGGACUAGAUUUGCUGAGAAAACGCCAACUUACGCUCUUGAUGGAUAUAAUCGCUUUUGAUAAAGACGGAGGAUCACGUAUAAAACCAAAUACACGUUUAUGUAAAAAAUGUAGUAAAGUUCGUCCAAUAGCUAAGUUUCCACUAGACACACGACAAACAUCGGCAACUGUUUGUGAUCGAUGCACUGCCCUUCAAGGCCCUGCGGUGGACAUUGCUAUCUACCGAUCUAUCCUACGUUCAAUUCGACGAGAUGAGAAAAAACGCGGAGCGUUAUCCUCAUUUGCCUUUAUUAUACAGGAUAACGACAUUAAGUAUCUAGUUGAGAACAUUUGGCAUGGCCAUUCGGUUAUAUCAAACGAAACAAAUCGUUCAGAACUUCGACUACCGCGCUGGAAUUUCGCCAAUGAUUGGGCACCGUGGAACUGCAUAUGUGUAACCGAAUCUGAGUCGCGAGCCCAUCUGAAAAUAGUAAAUCUCGACUUAUAUUAUGAGGCAAGCAUAAUCAAGGACAUUAAAAAUAAGCACGCCCUUUCAAAAUCUGCAUUUAAGCAACUACGUGAAAUUGACCAAGUCUUUGUCGAAUCAGGAUCUUGGUGGCAAGUUGGUCUAGAUGGUAAGAGCAUAAAUUUUAUAAAAUAA